GGGUGUUGGUGAAACUUUGCCCUAGCGUGUUCAUCCAAGGUGUCAUGGAUAAACAAAUAUAAUCCAGCUCACAUUCCUUCUAUUUCCUAGCUGGUUCUUGGAGGGAAAUGAGGGAAUGAGCCUGCAGCCUGCCACGUGGCACUUCAUGCCACAACCCAUUCUACAGGAUUUGAUUUCUUCCCCAAUCCAGCCCACCACCUUCCUGUUCUUCCUUCGCAUUUAGCGCAAGGAAAAAGCACCCUAAACACCCAAUCAUGCUGGUGGCAAUCUUCACCUCCACCCACAAAAUAGAAGGGAAAAAAUGCCUAUUAAUGUCCUGUUUUGAGUUUUCUUGUAGCAGAAGCUAUGGAGAGGUCAAAGAAGCGCAGCAGAGAUUUUCAGAUUGACAAUGCCUUUACAGCAGAAGAAAUGGAAGCAGCAGAUGGCCUGUUAAGACUUUUGGGUUGCUUUUUUGUUCAGUGGGCAGUCAAAAGGAGGCGAUCUGCUUUAACAAGAGGUGGCUUUAGUGACACCUGCAUUACCGAGCAAUCCAAACCGGCCAAAAGAAAUCCCUUGACGGCGGCGUUUGGCUUAUCAUGGAGUGAAAGUGAUGCAGGUGGGCUACCGCCGUCUUCAAAGGAUAUGAGUGUGAAAAAUGUAUCUCGGAGAAGGCUGCCUAAGAGAAAGACACAUAAGGAAUUGAAAGAAAUGGUGAACACACUCUCUUCAGAAAAGAGUAGAUUGAAAAAGGAGGAAGAGCACCUGAUGAAAACCUAUCAGGAGCUACGAGAGUGGAACCAUCUUUUAAAAUCACAGUUGGGAGCACACCUUGAUCAAAGACAACAGCAAAAUCUGCUCUCCAUCCCCCAGCCAACAUCAUCUGAGAGGGGCACAAGCCAUGGUACAGAAACUUUUAGUUCUGUUGAUGAUUCAUCAAACCAUAAGAAACAUGACUCACCUGACAAUUUUGUCGGCACAUUGGCUUUAAGCACAGUCUAUGAUGAAUCUCUGCAUGUUGGAGUGUCUUUAUAUCCACAUGAACUUGAAUCUUCAUCUGGGUCUGAGAAUAGGGACUAUUCAAAACCUACCAAAAAUCCCUCCUGCUUUUUAGGCCCAUCAAAUUUGAAUGCUCCCACGGAAGCUAUGUGUGAUAUAAUUCCAAAUGGUUUCCAUGGAGAAAUGCAUCUUUCAAGGAAUAAAGUUGUUGCUGCUGCUGAAACCAGGAGGCGGCGAAUAGAGCUUAUAAGAGUCAAAUAUGCCCAUAGGCAAAAGUUCGAUCAAGACACGUAAGGAAUUGAAAGAAAUUGUGAACACACUCUUUUGAGAAAAGAGUAGAAAAGAGUAGAUUGAAAAAGCAGGAAGAGCAACUGAUGAAAACCUACCAGGAGCUUCAAGAGUGGAACUAUCAUUUAAAAUCAUCGUUGGCAGCAUGCCUUAAUCAAAGACAAGCAAAAGCUGAUGUUAGUGGAACUAUCAUUUAAAUCAUAGGUAUUUGACUGUGGUCUUUGUAGUUGGCAGCAUGCCUUAUUCAAAGACGAGCAAAAGCUGCUCUUCACUCCCCAGCUAAAAUCAAUAGAUGCUCAAGCGUACAUUCGUCAAGGAAUAAUGAGCAUGACUCGCCUGACCAUUUUGUUGGCACAUUGGCUUUAAGCACUGUGUAAAGAUGAACCUCUGCACAUGCUAUAGUGUUUGUGCAUCCACAUGAACUUGAAUCUUCAUCUAGGUCUGAGAAUGGGGACUCUUCAAGAUCUACAAAGUAUACCUCCUAUAUUUUAGGCCUACCAUAUUUGAAUGCUCCUACCCAAGCUAUGUGUUCCAAAUAGUUUUCAUGAAGAAAUGCUUCUUUCAAGGAAGAAAACUGAUGUUGCUGAAGCAAGGGGGUGGCGAAUAGAGCUUAAAAGAGUCUAAUAAUCAAGGUGAAUUAUGCAAGGGCUACUUUGUAUUGCAUUAAAAUUUCAGAUGUCAAAUUUGAUGCAUGCUUAAAAAUUCAGAGCUCUAUGAGUGGAAUUUAUUAUUGAUGUAUGCAAAACAUUUCAGAGAUCUACAGGUUGGUUUAUUGAUAGAGUUUUUUUAUUAUUCAGUUUAAUAGAGAUUCCUUUUCAAAUAAUUUAGAAUAAAAGUGUUCAUGAACUAUAUCUUGCAGCCCAAGGAUGUUACUGAGAAAACCCUGAUGCUUAGACAUCUUGUUGAUGUAUAGGUUAAGCACUACAAUUGUUUUGUACUUUAAUUGAUACAGUCCUGGAAGAAUUUUAA